UUUUAUGGCCUUUCGGCGCCUUAUUAGGCAUACUGGAGGCCUGCAUAAUGCACUCCGAGCUUGUCUCCAACACAUUGAGUAAGUUAAAUUGGACUUGGAAGAGUUAACCUCAAUGCAACUCAGGAAAACUACUUAGCAUCCAGUCAUCUAAUUUUGGAGGAACACUCGAAAAUUGCCAUUCAUAUUCUUCGGUGUGAUUAUUUCAAUCGUAUAGAGACUUCAACAUGAUGAAUGUAUUCAACGUUUGUAAACGGGCCACAUGGCUGUCACUACUCUCAAUGGUCUUUCUAUCAGUAAUUAUUGAAUCGUCACAAGCCAUGACGAUUUCUCGCGAUGAACUUUCUCAACUCUUUGACGGUUUCCUCGACAAACUCGAACAAUGGGGCGACGACCCCGCCAAAGUCGACGAGAUAACGCACCAAGUGGAACCGCACAUCGUCAACGAAGCAGAAGAAAAUCCCGCCAAAGUCGAAGAGAUAGCGCGCCAAGUUGAACCACACAUCGACAACGAAGCAGAAGAAAAUCCCGCCAAAGUCGAAGACAUAGCGCGCCAAGUGGAACCGCACAUCGUUAACGAAGCAGAAGAAAGUCCCGCCGAACUUUCUCAAAAACUCAUAUCAAUUCUCCGCGAGCUGCACGAAGUUGAAUCGGAUAUGGACACGAGAAGGACGCCCCCGCCGCCGUCACUCGAACAAGACGUCAAAAGCGCUGAUGCUGUCCUGAUAGAACUCUUGAAUGAGAGUCGGAGAAUGACUGAAUCGGUGAACGACUCUGAUGACGAUGAUCACAACGAAUAUGAGGGUGAAGAUCAAUCGACAAGGUCACCGGCUUCAGUCAUAACGAUGUCGAAUCCACCCGCCGCUGAAGAUUUGCCAAAUGACAAUGAAAAUGACACACAUUUGUACGACUUUGCUGCGUGUGAACUGAGACUGAACGAGAGGCUUGAACCUCUUACCUUGGCAAAAUACCACCGAUUCAGAGGCACCGUCAACCUCCGACAAAAUAGAUCUAACGGGUCAAGUGACGUAACAAUCCGAUUGUUCGGCCUCAGUCCUAGCAACUCCAAUAGCCAAGGUCAUGGCGUCUACAUCCGGGAGUUUGGUGACCUCGGAGACGGUUGCCAACGGCUUGGGCCCAUAUUCGCUACCAAUCGCAAUCCUGAUCAGCAAGUUGGAUCAACUGGAUUGUUGGCGGUUGUGUCACCCGAUGAGAGCGGUUUUGUUCAAUACCGGACUACAGAGGUCGGGCACUUUGAUCUGGCAGGAAGAAAUAGUAUUUUCGGGAGGUCUAUUGUGAUUGAGCAAAACCAGGACACGUACAACGCUCCACUGGGUUGUUGCGUCAUCGGAGUGACACGUGAUGCAGAAGAGUGGAUGUGAUUGGACAGUUCAAAAUGGUCACACGACCCGCCUCUUCAGAAUAAACUUUAUGUCUAUGAGCUCCCCCAAAUAUUUUAAGAUGACAAAGCUGAUAUUGAUAUUUAGACCUUUGGUAAUGCUUUUGGAAUAAAAAUAAAAAGGAACUGUGCAAGAUUGAGUACAUAUUACAAUUUCAUGCGUCUCAUUUUCUGAAAACCAGUGCCCAUCUAGUUUUCGGACCGGCGCAUUGGUCAUGUGUGAUUGAAAAGUAUCAAUAUUGACAGUACAUGUAUCGUCAACCUGUCUUAGUGGCCACCUCUUUAUAAAGGCCAUCUGUCUAAAGUGAUCACCCAUAUUGCCUACCUCUAGUAAGAAACAUGUGUUGAAGAACGUGCCUAGACAUGCCACCUGUCUACAGAGGCCACUUUUUUGUGUUUCCAUUGUGUGAGCUUGAUAGACAGGUUUGACUGUAUUUGUAUCUUUGAGCUAACUGAGAGGAAGAAUAGAUCUCUACGUUCAUGACUGACUUACUGCGAAUAAUACGAGAACCAAAACACUUUUCGCGACCUAGAUCAAAAAGUUGAGAACAGAUAAUCGUUUUGUCCAAUUGUAUUCAUUGUUGUCACUUCUACAUGUGUCGCAAUUUGUAAUUUCUAUGCAGUGUGUGCCACAAUGGGUACAAAGUGCAUUAGACCUUGUUUGUGACAGACGUUGGUUACUACAACACGGAAGACUCCACAAUAAUACAUCAUAGUUCGUUUUGUGAUAUCUCUCUGUGCUUAAAAGCGCAGUAUACACCAUAUCAAAUCUUUUGUUUACAGAGUCACUCCCUAAAUGUAUGGGGUGUAAAUUGGAUACCCCUUACAAACGUUAUGAUAUAUUUUAAAGCAUGCUUACAAAUUAUCAUUAUUAGAUGUUCUUUUCUCUUUUGUAUACUAUUUGUGAAAGUAUUUGCAUUAUAUGCGAGUUCACAGCAUGUACUGAUGUAAUUUAGGCUUCCACCAACUUUAGAAUUUAACAAUCCACCUUAUAUCCACCCAAUAUGUAGACUUUAUGAAGCCAAGUACAAUUCUUUUUAUUUCUGCUGCCUUGAGAUUACUGGAGCGAAGAUAGGUUGUUUGAAGCCUGAACUACAUAGAUGACGCCCAAAGUUUUGUGAAUAAUAUGUGAAUUUUGCUCGGAUGAAAAUAAAUCACAUUAUUUGAUACGUUAA